GCUAUGAGAGCCUAAAAGACGUCUCAGGUACAUAAAACAAAGGCUGUAAAUAAAGCUGAAUGGGCGAAAAGAAGGACCACUUCAUCCUACCCACUAUCCCCCACCGCCGCAGAAAUUAUGAUUCAAGGAAUAACGAGACCUUCAGUCUAAAAAAUUCCACAACUGCAGCCUUGGCCAAAACCACCGGGGAGUUGGCUGUUCGGUGCCAGCGCAGGCAGCACGGAGAUUGUUGAUGCCAAAGAACCCCAGUGAGGGCUCCGUACAUUCCCUCUACUCUAGGAAGAUUCCAGCUUCUCAGAGCUGCUUAGUCUGCGCGCCCACGCUCCCGGCUUCCGACAAGCGCAAUGGCGCCCUGGGAAGGGAGAGAUUCUCCUCAUCAGUUUGCGCCUUGCAGUUAAACUGUGCCGCGGCCUCCCACAAGCCACCUGCCCGCGCCCUCGACUGGGCGCUCCGACCGGGUAGCGCCCCCACGACCGCUUUGGUGCACGUUUAGCUCCAGGGCGGAGCGAGAGCAAAGUGGCGGGAGAGGCGGGAGUUCGCUAACGCGAACCCUGGCCUGGGAAGGGAAACGAUUCCGGGGCGCACGCGCACAACGAGGAGACUGGGCGGAGCUUGCCGCCCGCAGGGGUUACAGAGGAAAGGGGAGCGCGUGGCGCUCGGAACCCGCGCACGCGCUGUGGCCUCCCCCGGCCCGUGCGCGCGCGCGGCCGGCGCAGCAUCUAUUCCUCAGACCCGCCCCCUUCGUCUAUUUUACUCUGCGGAGGCGAGGAGAGAGAGCAGGGAAGUGUGGGGCUAGGUGGGCGGGGCGUCGCACGAGAGCGCGGCCAGCAAAAGAAGGGAGGAGGAGGGAGAGAUUUGAGACAACGUUACCCCGUCAACACCCAAUCAGGAGCCGGCCUGACCACGCCCCCUCCUCUCACGUUAUUGGCUGGGAGGCCCUAUUUGGGCGGGGCCGGCCGUAGGGUUGGGGAGGGCAGGGGGCGGGGAAGAGGAGGAAGGCGCUGGCGGGCAGUGAUGGCGGCGGGUGAUGGGGACGUGAAGCUAGGCACCCUGGGGAGUGGCAGCGAGAGCAGCAGCGACGGCAGCAGCGAGAGCCCGGGCGGCGCGGGAGGAGCAGCAGAAGGGGGCGGCUGGGCGGCGGCGGCUUUGGCGCUUCUGACGGGGGGCGGGGAGAUGCUGCUGAACGUGGCGCUGGUGGCGCUGGUGCUGCUGGGGGCCUACCGGCUGUGGGUGCGUUGGGGGCGGCGGGGUCUGGGCGCCGGGGCCGGGGCGGGCGAGGAGAGUCCCGCCGCCUCUCUACCUCGCAUGAAGAAGCGGGACUUCAGCUUGGAGCAGCUGCGCCAGUACGACGGGUCCCGCACCCCGCGCAUCCUGCUCGCGGUCAAUGGGAAAGUCUUCGACGUGACCAAAGGCAGCAAGUUCUACGGCCCGGCGGGUCCAUAUGGAAUAUUUGCUGGUAGGGAUGCCUCCAGAGGACUAGCAACAUUUUGCCUAGAUAAAGAUGCACUUAGAGAUGAAUAUGAUGAUCUCUCAGAUUUGAAUGCAGUACAAAUGGAGAGUGUCCGAGAAUGGGAAAUGCAGUUUAAAGGUACCUACAUUUUGUUGGAUUCUUUAUUUGUUCAGAGAAAGUGUAUAUUACUUCACAUGCUUUAA